AUGGAGGCCCCGACCAACAAGAGAAGGCGGAAGGACGAUGAAGACGAGCCCAGCACGAGCGACGAGGAGAAAGACCAGGAGGAAACCCAACACUCCAGCCCUGCCCUAAUCAUCGCGGAGAUCGAACGUUCCAAGAUCAUCGAGACGGACGCCAGACUCAAGAAGAUGGGCAUCACCUACGAUCAACAUCAACUCCGAUACCUGAAUUCGACCAAGACGCUCUACGUCCAGAUCCCGGAGGACAAGGUCGAGGCCAUCACCGAACACGUCCGCCGCCACCUUGGAUGGGGCUCCGUCUCGACCGGCGACUUCCCCAGCACGGCUGACGACCAAGAAAACGACCAAGAUACGCACCUGUUCCUCGGCCUCCGUCUACCCGAAGGACACAAGAAGGGAGUCGAGAAAAACGACGUCAUCCUCGCAGCGAAAAAGAAGGGCAUCACCCUGGCCACCACCGACUUUGACCUCGAAUUCUACAACUCCCGCAACUACAGGAUCCGAAUGGCAGACGAGAAGCUGGCCAAUGAUCUCCGCCACCAAGCAAACUUCAUCCUCCACGGAGUCGACGUCUCAAUCACCUCGUGGAAGAAAAACCGAUACCAGGAGUACUUCUCGGUCACCAUUGCCAACAUCGGGAACCACGUCAACCGCACCGAGCUAGUCCGCCUCGCCUCCGCCUACGCCGGGGAACCAGCCAUGUCGGCCACCCAUCUGAAGGACGACUACGGCCUGCUCAGGCCGGUCUCGAUCAUCGGAUUCCUCACGCCCCAAGGACAAGCCAAGGCCCUCGAACUUAAUGGAAAGAAGAAGAGGAUGGGCCGACACAAGGAACCCCUCAAGGUCACACGCACCCUCACCAACGACGAACGAGACAAGUUGGACAAGGAACGUGAGGAACGUAAGACAUCCAAUGCCGGCCGAGCCCAGCACAAGCGCAGUGCAGCGGAACGCAGGAGAAUACAAGCAGCCCAACGUGAGGAAGAGUACCGCAAAGCCAGAGAACACGUUGAAGAGGACGACACCCCAAUCUUCCACGACUAG